GGGCAAGGCAGCGCAGCUGGAGAAUGCAGGCGAGAGCAUCCGGAGGUGCACGCUCUGUAUGGAGACGCGGCGGCCGGAACGUGGCGCCAGUGCGGUAACGCAGUGCGGCCACGUCUUUGAUUGGGGAUGCAUCACCAACUGGGUCAAGGAGAAGCCCGAGUGUCCGCUGUGUCGGUCGCGCAUCACGCCUGCGACGAUCCUGCCCAUUUACAACUUCUGACAAAUGUCGAUACCACGUCACGAGGUCCGCUGAGCGGCGCCAGCGAGCGAAGGUGCGAUUGAGCGACGAAGGCGGCGGACGAAGGCGAGCAAAUGCCUCGCCCGUCGGGCCUGUCCUGCCGAGCAGUUCGCAAAAUGCGAUGCGACGGACUGCAGCUAGACGCCUUCCAGGCCCCGAGACGUCGAACAGGGGAGCAGCGCCGCCAGAAGCAGAAGGUACUACGAUCUUGCGCACUUUUCAUCUGGUGCACCGCGCCGUCGGCAAAAGCCACGUCAGGCGCGAGCUUCGUCACGGCUGCGCUCCUGUCGAUCAGGCACAAAGAGACUGCCCGUACUUGGCAUGUGCUAGGGGCCAGGCCGAAGCGCCUCCAUUCGGCACCCCUGUUGGUUUCAUCAGCUUGGCGCCCGGCACCAGUGCCGGAGGACGGACAAGAGCUCGGAGAACAAGGAUCGUCUGCGCUGCUUUCUGCACCCGCCCGGAGGCUGGAGAGGCAUGCUUGCACCACGAAAGCGUCCGCCGUGCUGUCUUGCCACCCUUCAACCUGGAGCUGGAUGCACGCUGCACGAAGACGGCACCGGCGACGGCGAAGGUCUCGGGAUGCCCUCGCGGAGAGGAGGCCAGACCGCGUCGUCGGCGUCGGCGUGCCCGCCCAGCGACACUUUCCGUUUCCGCCUGUGGUGCUGCGCUGCUGCCGCCUGCGGGCGCGGAGACCUGCCCAAUGCAGCCUGCAGCCACCAAAUGCACGCGGCGGGGGGGCGGGUGCGGGCACAGCACAAGCGGCAGCAUGCAGCCACAGCGCGCCUGCGCCGCCGCAGCGUGCAGCCGCAGGACAGGCGUGCGGCCUUCAUGCGCUGGCGGAGUGCGCGGUGCUGGCGCACGUUGUGCUUGCGUCUGUGCGGCGCUGGCACGGAGGCAUGCCACCGCCUCCAAGGCAUGGCGCUCCCAUGCCUUUCUCCAGCAGCAGACACGGGAAGCACGGGAAGCGUCUGGCAAAACAGCCGGCGGCCAUGCGCUGUUUCACCGCCUGCACGCACCCUCGGGCUGCUCUUGCUGAGAGCACAGCGCUGUAGGCAGCUCCCGCAGCCGACGCCAGCUGGCCCUCACUCACGGCACACAGCACGCAGCCAAACGCUGCGUGCUGCUGAGCGCAACGCGGGGUCGCGGGGAGCGCGCGUCGGAGGCUGAUGUGGCCAGCCGAGCGCACGCGCGGCGGCACAUCAGAAUGCAGCGAUGCGCGCAAGAGGCCUUUGUGCUGCGCCUCGAGAGGUGCUUUGUGCUUGCUUGAGGCACAGGUGUUGAGACGAGGGCUGCGCGCUGCCGCUGGGCGGAGGCUGUCUC